UCGCCGUUUUAUCGAUGAUCGAGCGUAGCUUAUGGUUAAAUGGCAGAGAAAGAAUAAAUUACGAAAUGCGGAUACGCCAUUGAUACUUCAUGUUAAAUCCAUAAAUGUAUCAUUUUGGUGACUUUAAAUGUCUCGAAACUCGAAGAUGACUACUGUUCACUUUGUUGUCCAUCCAUUACCUGGCACAGAAGACCAACUGAAUGACAGAUUGAGAGAGUUAUCUGAGAAACUGUACAGGCAACCAGCACCAUGUGCUUCAGGAGUUUUACCCCUGAAAAACCUUCCAGUGAAAAGCAUAACUGUUGGACCAAAUCAUGCAGCUUUUCUUCUUGAGGAUGGUCGUGUAUGUCGUAUGGGAUUCUCAAUCAACCCUGAGAAAGUUGACAGUGGUCCAACCAAGAGUGAAAGCUCCAAGAGCAGCAAGAAGAGCUGGGCCUCCUCUGCUCAGUUAUCUUCAGCUCGUUCUUCAUCAUCUUCAUCAUCAUCGUCACGGCCUACUAAUCCUCUUAACCCUUGGCUCAUCAAUGCCGAUGAACCUUCUGGAGUUUCGUCGAGUAAAUGGUCCUCUAAUUGCCGUACCCCAUCCAAUCGCACAACAUCAAACAACAACUCCAGUGCUUCCCGUAAUCGAGGGCGUGUCAUCCGUGCUCACUCCCGGGGUCGUGGUGGGGUGAUAGUGGGUACCAGGCCAGUUGUCCCAGCAUCUGUUGUCCCUGAAGAACUGGUGUCCCAGGCACAGGUAGUCCUACAGGGCAAGAGCAGGUCGGUCAUCAUCAGAGAGCUCCAAAGGACAAACCUGGAUGUCAACCUGGCAGUCAACAACCUGUUGAGCCGUGAUGAUGAAGACGGUGAAGACCCAGAGGAGAAUGACACCUAUCUGUCUGGUGGUGAUGACCUUGUCUCACUCUUGGAUGGCGGUAUCCACUCGGAUCAUCCAAGCGUCAUCAUUGAUGCUGACGCCAUGUUCUCGGAGGAGUUCUUGGGCCUACCGCCAUCGAGGUCCAGAGCUAGAGGAUCUAGCAGUAGAGAUCGUGAUCGUGAUGCUGAGCGAGAUCCGCUGCUGCGUAGCCGGGAGCGGCGUUGGCCCGAGAUUGUACUCCGAGAUACCGGAUCAGGAGCUAGUAACAUGAAGGCUGGUAGCUCAGAGGCAGCAGGAUCGUCAGAUAGCAGACGUGGGGGAGCUGCAGGGCACAGCCAGAACCCUGUGGUUAUUGGAGAGGAUCUAGAAUGGUGGUCAGAAAAGGGUGAAGAAGCACCUCGAUUUGUAAGCAUUGGUGCCAUGUAUUCUGAGCUGAUAGCUGUGGGUCAGAAUGGCCUUAUGUACCAAUGGAAGUGGUCGGAUCCAGAACCAUACAAGAAUCCGGAGAACACUGGAGUACACCAUCCUAAGGUUCCAUUCCUGGGUCUGGUAGGGGAAAAGAUAUCCCAGAUAGCCACCUGCUUUGAGAAAUCAGCAAUCCUGACUGAGUCUGGAAAGAUAGCAACGAUGAUUGAUGAGACCCUAUCGCCUAUUGCAUCUAGACUUGAACAUCCAGCCACUGUGUAUCAAGAGUUUGCCUGUGACAAAAUUGUUUCCAUUCAUACCUGUGCUUUAUAUACCUGCACCUGGAUGGAAUCUGGCCACAUCUUCUGGUGGGGUGUGCUUCCUUUAGCACUGAGGAGUAAGGUCUUGGAGAAGGCUAGAGAUAGAGCCAGAGCGAAGAAACGUGAAGCUAUGGCAUCAGCUUCAUUAACUGCUGGAACACAGGUCUGUUUACGUAGUUGCCCCAUGUACCACUGUGGUGCGUUGGCCUUCAACGUGAAGAGUGCCCCACCUCGAGUAGGUCAGUUGAUGGACACUGCCUGGCACCUGACAGACACCUGCAGGUUCCGUAUACGUCGUUCUUCCCUGGACCUGAGUGACACUUCCACCACCGGCGGAUCCUCUACCAGUGGUGCUUCCACCUCAGCAAGCCUCCCUCAGGCAAGCCGAGAUACCAAGGAUGAGACAAAGGGAGAUGGGGGUAAAGCAGAUGCUCGAGGAGAUGCUAAGACUGAUGCAAAUAGGUUAGACGUGAAGCAAGAAAUGGGACCACCACCUUCACCUGCUUCUACCAGCAGUGAUGUAUCCAUCGUGUCGAGUCCUGCAGCUCAUAGGAGAGGGUCAAAGCGCCCUUUGUCAUCUCCAGCUAGAGAGGUAGAGAAGAACGAUAUCGAAGUUUGGGCUUUGACUGAUGUUGUGUUUGUAGAGGAUAUACGCUCGGCUCCUAUUGGAAAGGUGUUGAAGGUUGACGGUGCUUAUGCUGCGGUCAAGUUUCCCUCUCUAGAUUCUAGCGCUGAGUCUUCAGGGGAUGUUGAUUCCUUCCUACAAGACUGCAGAUUGCUUCGCAAGGAUGAACUCCAGAUUGUCAAGCAGGGCUCGGGUCCAAAGGUGCCAGAUUGUUUCCAGAGAGCUCCAAAGAAACUCAACGUCCCUUCAAAUGGACAAAUUCUUGCUGUGUCCGUUGAUUUCAGAGGUGUGCAUGUCUUGGUCAAAGUGAGAUCUGAGCUCCUGUAUCAGCUGUAUGAGCUGUGCUCCAGUCGCCCUACGACGGAGAGCCCCUUCCCUACCGAUACCAAUGCUUUCAUGGGAAAGAGCAUUGAUAAUAUACGACUGCACAACCCAGGCAAGGACUCUGUCACCUUACUCCAAGAUGGAAACAACACCUUGUAUCCGUUGGCUAAGACGGCUACUGUGACGAUCAGAGAUCCUAACUGGGUCGACCUUCCACCCAUCCGCAGCCUGAGCAUGGGCGUGCAUCAUCUCCCUCACCCUGGGCAGUCUACUAACAUCAAGAGUAAAGCAGCUAUCAUGGUCAUGGCUAUAGAGAACCAGCUGUUGAUGCCCCAUGUACUGAGGUGUGAUUAUGAAGCAGUCUCUCAUUUCCUUAGCAAUCUUCAAUUAGAACCAAAUCCUGCGAUCAAGGAGCAGAAGCUACAGCAUCUUGUUGAGGAGAGGUGUGAUGGAGGGAGAAACAUCUUCCAUGCCUGUGUCAGUCUAUGCAGGCCACUCUCAAAUCAGACCAACAACUCAUCAACGGAAUCCAGCAGUCUGGCUACUUUGACCUCUGAAGUUAGCAGCCGUGCUAAGAUGUUGUGUAAUGCCCUCCACACUCUGAGCAAUGCAAUAGCAGGAGCAGCUAUGGCAUCUGGUAGUGGUCCCAGUUCACAUGGAAUCGGUAUGCGUGAUGCAAUGAGUCGAGGUGGUAGCAGCAGCUCUGCCCAACCGGCUGGUCCUAGCGGUAUACCUGGUGACGACGGGAGAGAGUCUGCUUCUUCCCCGCUCCCAACGGCACCAAUACCUACACUUAGCUGGCCCCCAGAACCGUCAGGACUGUAUAUGGACCAAGAUGAGGAUAACCUUAGCCUCGGGAGCACUUCGGCAACGGUAGGCGGAUCUUCCAGCUCCCUGGCUAGCAACCCACCCUCUCUAGCAACCAGUAUGUCUUACACCCAAGCUGUAGCCCUGACCCCAGAGGAGCGUAGAAGCAAUGCCCAUAGCAUCUUACGUCUGCUCUGUGAGGCAGCUGCUCUUACUGAAAGGCUACCGGACUUCUUGUCUGCCAAGGACUCCCAUGGCAAUACCCCUUUCAUGUCGGCUGUCAAGAUCCGAGCUUAUUCCGUAGCGCUGACCAUUUUCGAUACCACCGAGAACCUGGCGUCCCGUCGACGCCCCCUCACUCGAACUCAGCCUGGUAGCCAGGGUGGAGGCGGUAGCCAGAAAAGGGAAGAGCAGCCAGCCAGUUUCAACAAAGAGCUGUUUGAAUCAAUGGUGUUCCCCCCUGGUAGUCACCCGGACUCCUCCCCUCUCUAUGUGCUCUGCCAUAAUGAUACGUGUAGCUUCACAUGGACAGGAACAGAACAUAUCAAUCAGGACAUCUUUGAGUGUAGGACCUGUGGUCUCCUAGGACCACUCUGCUGCUGUACAGAGUGUGCCAGGAUCUGCCACAAAGGACAUGACUGCAAAUUGAAGCGUACAUCACCUACGGCAUACUGUGAUUGUUGGGAGAAGUGUGAAUGCAAAGCUCUGAUUGCAGGACAGAUCUUCACUCGUAUGGAGCUUCUUGACAGGCUUAUCAAUGAAACCAACUUGGUUACUAUACCAAACAGCAGAGGGGAUCACAUUCUGCUGUUCUUGGCUCAAACCGUGGCCCGUCAGACGGUAGAACAGAGACAGUACCGCCAGUCAAGGAGUAGACUCUCUCGUAAGAAUGAAUCAGACAUUGACAUGCCUGAUCAUAACUUGGAGCCACCCCGGUUCUGUCGUCAUGCCCUUGAGAGCAUCCUACAGGAAUGGCAAGCUGUUAGUGCUAUGAUACUCAAUGGAUGUCAAGAUAAGAAGAAGGAUUGUGGAGGAGGGUCUGGUCACACCCCUAUACCGGAGGACCAGGUGUAUCUAAUGCGUCAAUCUGGUACUGUCAAGUUAGACUGGUUCACCCAUAUGCUCAUUGUCAAGUGUACUUCUUCAGAUCUUGAUACCCUACUGACAACUUUGAUUCGCCGUCUUCGCCAUGCUCAAUCUGCCACCAGUAAGGCCGAGGCAGCAGAGGUAGCCCGUCGGUUCAUCCGAUCCGUUGCUAGAGUCUUUGUUGUUCUCAGUAUUGAGAUGACCCCUGGCAAAAAGCUGUCUGAGCCAGUGCAGCGUUGCAAGCGAGUGUUCCAGGCAUUGAUCCACCAGUCCAUCACAGAGCUGUGUGAGAUAGGAGAUUCACUGAUAGCACCUGUUAGGAUGGGGGUAGCUAGACCCUCCUCACCGUUCCCUCUCUUCAACAGCCAUGCUGAUGCUAUCCAGGGAAGUGAAGAAUUGUUUUUUACGGAGCCCCUCCCAAUGAGGUCUGCUUCUAGCAACCAGUCUAGUUCAAGCCACACCCAUCACCAUGCCCCUUCUCUGCGGACACACCCACACCGUAUUACCCGUAAUCGUACCAUCGAUGAAGACGAUCAAGACAUGGAGGUUGGAGAAGGCGAAGAGAUUGACAUGGUCGAAGGAGAUAUUGUGGUUGUAUCCAGUGAUGUACGUGAGAGGGAUUCCAGCAGUGCCCCGCCCAGAGACCCUAGGGAACAACCAAGUCAAGACGAUCAACAAGAAGAUGACGCUGGUAAUGAGAGUGACAUGGACCUAGACCUUCUAGCAGAGAGUGACUAUGAUAGUGAGAGUAACCAUAGCAACCAAGAUCAAGAAAGCAGCGCUCAGGACUCCAGCCGUCGAGGUGGCGUCAAUGCUCCUAAUGCUGGAUCCGAUGCUGGCGGUGGUCUAGCAUCACUAUUCUUUUCUGAAGAUGAAUCAUCGUCCAAUGCUGAUGAAGCCGAAGAGGAAGAAGAGGAGGACAGCGAUAAUGAAUUCAAUGAGAUAGAAGAAGAGACCGUCGAUCAGGCGUUCAAUGAAGACUCGCUGGAGAGACCGACUACAGCUAGUGCAAGUGGAUCUCAAAACAUUGAAGGAAACAGAUCUAGCCAGCCACCACACCCUCUCCAGUGGGCCUUCCGCAAUCAACAGCCUCUGUCAUCAAACAACUCCAGGACUAGUGGCUCUGGAGUGGUCAAUGAGGUGCUAGGAUCUGCCAGUACCGCUCCUCCUGUUGUACCCACAGGUCUCAUUUACAUCGACCCCUCCAACUUGAGACGAACGACCAUCUCCACGGCAGCGAACCCCACUCCACCUACCACCAACACAACUGAGACUGCUCCUACCACCACAGCAAGCCGACUAGCGAGGGCGUUUGGCAUCGUGCUACGACAGGUGUCUGAUCUAAUGACCUCCCUACCAAACUACAAGGCUCCUGAACCUCUCACAGAAACACUAGAGAUUACCGCUGAUAAUGCCAAAGAGCUGCAGAAUUACGUGCAGUGCAGUCUGAAGCCCACAUGGGACUGGCUGGUGUGUGUGAUGAACAGUACAGAGGCUCAGUUACGAUAUGGCAAGGCAUUGAUGGGAGCUACUGAUCCUUCACACCCAUCCCAUCCAAUGCGCAGUCAGUACAUGCGGACUUUGAGGGGAGCAGCCCGCGAUGCAGCGGCCAGGGAAGAGACGGCCUACCAGCACUCCUUGGAGAGCAGAAGACGAGGAACCCACAACAACACAGAGGAACACGGCUCCAUGAUGGACUACUUGACCUAUGUGCUAUCACUCAUGAGAUCGCAUAACAGCGAACACUUGGGAUCACUCCCGAUGUUGGACAUUGCUGCCAUGAAGCACAUCGCUUAUGUUCUAGACUCCUGCAUCUACUUCUUACGUUGCUUUGAGCGCGAGCCACUCUCUGAACCCUCUCAGGCAUCCUCAAGCAAGCGUUCAUGGUGCUUCUCCCAGGACGUUGAUGGAGGCGAAACCAGCGAUUCCAACAUGGAUGUUGACGGGGCAGAGGAAGAUCGGUUGGCAACGUCUGGUCGCAAACAUCCAUUCUUUGUCCGAUCAGAUUCAACCACCUUCCUAGGUUGCCCACCACCUGAUCCAAUAGAGACCCCUCUCUCAGAAGCCCUACCUCUGGCUGAUAGACCUCACCUACUGCAGCCAAGUGCCACCAAAGAACAGCUCUUCGGAAUGCCUCAGAAUCCAGUCCUUCCUACAGACUCUGAAGUAGCUUUAGGCCACAACCAAUCGGUAACAGUACACCAAUCUUUCUUGGAGAUCCUACCCACUCAGAUGAGUGUGUCCCAGCGUCAGGUCUUGGGUCAGCCAGGCAUGGAUGAUGACCAAGAAGAGGAAGAAGAUGAAGAAGAUGGGAUAGAAGAAAAUGAGGAUGGAGCUGCUGCUGGACCGUCCACUCUGCCAUCCAAUGGGCCACCAGCCCCUCAGGCUCAAGGUGAAGAGGAGAGAACAGAGACACAAGAAUCCUCCUCGGUAACAUCAGGUGCAGUUUCAGCAGCCACAGGAUCAACACUACCUGUAAGCCAGAGCUUAGGAGAAAGCAGUGACCUGUAUCAGCCAUCAGGACCAUCAUUUUCAUCAAGCAGCUUCUCUGGUCCAUCGUCAGAUUACAGUCAAUCCAGUGCCGCAUCGGCAAGUGCUGCAUCAGCAGCAAAGCCCAUUUUCCAAGAUCAGCCGAGGAACUUGAGUGGAGUGAUCCAAGGUUCUUCUGCUCAAGAAAGUCCUGGACCGUCACAUGGAAGUGAAAGUGAAGGUGGUGACUCGGUGCCAAGUGCUUUAGAUGUUGCAGGAAGCAGUAGCAGCCAGGCAUCCUCAGCAGGACCUUCUGGUGUUAACACUGCAGGAGGUGCUUCUGCAACAGUUGUAAGCGUGAUUCGUACAACUGGAUCAGUAGAUAAAUCUGCAGGAGAUCCUCAAGCUCAUAGCUCAGGAAGUAGAGAACCAUUGGUCAAUCAGCCAGGGCCUGUAAGGGUAUCUGAGAUACCUCUUCCUCCAGACCCUGUAAGGGACAGCAGUGAAGAAUACUCUGGUGCUAGUAGGAAUGUUAGUUUGGGUGCCCUCUUCCAUGUUGGAGGAGAAGAAUCCGUGCAAGCUAGUCCAAUGAACCUAUCUGAAUCUGCCCAUAGUGGACAGGCUGCAGAACCUUCGGCUUUAGAGUUGUCUAAUCAUGAGACUGGUGAACGGAGUCGUCCGACAUCGGCUACAAGAGACCUUGAUGGAGCCGAUCCUGAAGAUGGAGGAAGAAGGAAAUCUUCAGGAAGAGGAGGUCCAACAACAAUCACUGUUGACAGAGCUGAUAUACAACCUGUUAGCGACAUUGAUCAAGUCAUUAGACUCACAAGGCCGCUGUCUCCACUGCUGUCAGCGGAUAUGUUACUUGGUAGAUGGCGUCUGUGUCUAGAGCUCUUUGGCCAUGUCUUCCUCGAGGAUGUUGGGGCUGAGCCAGGGUCUGUCCUUAGUGAGCUAGGAGGGUUUGAAGUCAAGGAAUCUCGAUUCAGGAGGGAGAUGGAGAAACUCCGCAACAACCACACAUCCAAGGAUCUCACGUUAGAGGUGGAACGCUCUCGUGACCUGCUUAUACAGCAGACCAUGCGCCAGCUGAACACUCACUUCAACCGGAGGAGCAGUAGCAACCUUGCUGGCCUGCCACUUGCUGUACACCGGGUGAAGGUGACCUUCAAGGAUGAACCAGGUGAAGGCAGUGGGGUAGCAAGGAGCUUCUAUACAGCCAUUGCAGAAGCUCUGAUGUCUCAAGAAAGAUUACCCAAUCUCGAUGAUUGCCAGGGUUCCAACAAGGGACCGCAAUACAGUCUAAUCCAGAGGCUUCGAAGCAGGGAGAGGGAGAGGGAACGUCAGCGUCGCUCUGAGCUGCGAACAGGCAGCGGACGGAUGGCCCAGAGUUUGGACCGUGAUAGGAACACCCUGUCCUAUGAUGCAAGACCAUUCUACCCUCGGGAUAGUGCUAAUUCUGAUGACCGCAGUGCUGACUAUGAGCCGCUUCCACCAUCCAAGCAGGCUCUAGGUGAACGGCUUUUCCCGAGGGUGUAUGCUCUACAACCAUCUUUGGCCAGUAUGAUCACAGGUAUGCUAUUGGAGCUACCGCCGGCUAGACUACUGCUGUUACUUGCCAGCGAGGAAUCUCUCAGGGAACGGGUGGAGGAAGCUGUGGAUAUCAUCCUCUCUCGUGGAAGCCGUGACGACCCUUCAGACAGCAGCCGUCUAGACCUUGACAUCUUUGGUCUUGGAGAGAGAGAGAAGAGCAAGAACGAGAGCAGCGGAUCAACGUCUUCAGCCAUGGCGAUAGAGACGGAGGACUGUGACGAUGCAGAUCGUGAUGGUGAGGCAUUGUUCUUUCAGCCCGGCAAGAGGGGAUUCUACUCCCCAAGACCGGGCAAGAACACCGGGGAGAGACUCAAUGUCUUCAGAAAUGUCGGCAGGAUAUUGGGCUUCUGCUUGCUUCAAAACGAGCUGUGUCCUUUGACCCUAAACCGACAUGUCAUCAAGUUUCUACUAGGAAGAAAGAUUGGUUGGCAUGACCUGGCUUUCUUUGACUCAACCCUAUACGAGGGUCUACGCCAGCUACUCCUGGAUGCAGAGCGAGGUCACGCUGCAAGCAUUGCUGCAAUGGAGCUGACAUUCUCCAUCCAGCUGAGUAAGGAGGAAGGAGGUCAGACGGUUGAUCUUAUCCCAGGAGGGAGCAGGGUUAGCGUCAAUACGGACAACAUCUUCGAGUAUGUCAGGCAUUACGCAGAGUACAAGAUGGUAACCGUGGCCCACAAGUGUCUCACGUCUAUGAGGCAAGGACUGUUUGAUGUCUUGCCACGUAAUUCAAUGGAUGGCCUCACCGCAGAGGACUUCAGGUUACUGGUCAAUGGAUGUGGCCAAGUCAACGUCCAGAUGUUGAUCAGCUACACUACAUUUAAUGAUGAGACAGGCAAGCUAGGUGAUGGUCACAGUAAUGAAGGUAAUGACAAGCUGUCAACCUUCAAAUUAUGGUUCUGGAGUAUUGUAGAAAAGAUGACAACUCAACAAAAACAAGAUUUGGUGUAUUUCUGGACCUCCAGUCCUAGUCUACCAGCUAGCGCAGAAGGUUUCCAGCCCCUCCCUACCAUCACAGUACGCCCACCCGAUGAUAACCAUCUCCCAACCGCCAACACCUGCAUCAGCCGUCUGUACAUCCCACUCUACAGCUCAAAGGCUAUCCUCAAGAAGAAGCUGUUACUUGCUAUCAAGACCAAGGCCUUUGGUUUCGUCUAGAUCCUUAAGGAUGCUCUAUGCUGUGAAGUCUCCCUUUGAAUAAUCAGAGCCUUGCUCUUGAAGCCUUUGAUUUUAGUCUGACACCUUUAUGAACCCAAAGAAGCUGUUG